ACGCUACAAGCCUCGAUACGCGCAUCGCGGAAACUCUUCCUGGAUUACUCGACACACGCUUCGAAGCAUCGGCACACCACGUAACAUCACUAGUAACCCAGGUGUGGUGGGCUUCUACAGAACCUUCAUGCAAACACUCCACAGUAUGUUUGGAUACCGCCACCCAGUGUGGGCUGUGAGCCAUGCUGGUCACUGUGCACCACCAGACUCCAUGGACAUGGUAGAAGAUGCCUCCUCAGCAGUAGAGGGUGACGUGUUUGGUCUGAACGGGCAGAUUGAACACAAGCUGGCUUUCCUCAGGAAACAUGUUCCCAGAGAGACCAGCUUGGUCCUGGUGGGACACUCCAUUGGCUGCUACAUUAUUCUUGACAUGAUGAAGAGAAAUCCUGAACUCAAGAUUAUAAAGGCCAUCAUGCUGUUUCCCACCAUCGAGCGCAUGGCUCAGACUCCUCAGGGGAAGGUCAUGACCCCUGUGUUGUGUCACUUGCGUUAUGUGGCCUACCUUCCUCUCUUCCUGCUCUCUCUGCUGCCUGAAGGAUUCAAAGCCUGCUUAACCAAACUGGUGUUGCGUGUCAUUCGCUCUAUGGACCACACUGUAGUCCAGCCUACUGUAGGUCUACUGAGUGGAGACUGUGCAGCUAAUGCUAUGUAUAUGGGGGGUCAGGAAAUGAAGAAAGUUCUGGAAAGAGACAACAUGACCAUUGAGAAAAAUCUUGAAAAGAGGCGUAUCAAGUCGGCCCCACGUUCACUAAGUCAUCACAGGGGAUCUUAUUCCAGCCAUGAGACAGCAAAGGACCCAGCAAGGUCCCAGCGGGGAUCAACCACGGGUCUGCCUGGGCCCCAUCACAGAGGAACAAGAAAUUCUAGCUCAUAUUUUAUUAUGGAGCUACAGACCACUGGUGCCCUGUUCAAUAUUAUCAUGACAUCAAGCAGGACUUUCCACGAGGAGAUUUCAGACUGUGUGAUAAAGGAUUCCAUCAUGCCUUUGUCCUGGAUGCAGGAAGAGAAGUAGCCAAAAUGGUGUUUGAAUGGAUCAAAGGAGAUUUGAGGACAUGAGCUAAUUCUCUUUCCAUCUACUCCUCUGACUGACAUGAACAGGGAUGACAACACUCAGACCAGGAGUGUUUGUUUCUUUAAUCUGCAGACAUCAUGGAAUUGAAAGCUCAGUGCUGAAAAAUAGCAGUUAUUAAUUGAAAUAUAUUUUUAUGGAUAUAAUGGCACUUUGUGGUCGAUAAUGUGGGGAUUCAUCUAAUAGGCAGAUUUAUAAUGUCCUGGGAAAUUUUUGUAGAGUUGUUUAACUAUACAUUUUUGGAAAGCUUAGAGGCUGAUGAACCUCAAAACCAAUCUUUCUAUUUUUAAAGUCUCUGUGGCAGCCAUCUUAGACUUUCAAACUGGCAACCACCUAUAAGUUUAGUUUUUAGCUGGAUCCCUCAGGAUAAAUCAAUUUAGCUUCAACUUAACUUAGCCAAUUAAUUGUAGUGACAUCAGAUUUUUAAUUUCGACUGUAUACAAUGAUCUACAGUGAUCUGUAGGAUAAUCACAGCGUCUCAAAACUUUACAGCCACAAACAAAAAACCUCUGGUGUUCAGAGUAUGGAUGGCUUUCAUUGGUAUAUUGACAAUAAGAGGGUCUCGGCAGAGACCAGCAGUUUCCAGAACAGAAGUGCUUGCCAUUCAAUUGGCAAAAAAAAUGCUCUUGCAGAAAUCUUCAAAUGUCAAAAACAUUUUUUUACCAAAUCACAGUGUGAUUUUUCUGUGGUGUUCUUCAAGGCCUUGGUGUUUUAUGUGGUAUUUUGGAGGGAUAUUAAACUAUUUUUAUCAAUUCAUGAAUGGUAAAAAAGGAAAAGAAAGAAAAACAGUUACAUUUUGCACCAAAUCUGUGUAACAAAUGGUAACAACCCAGGAAAAAAAUCACUGCAACAAUGUAUAAGACAUAAUUGAACAUGUGAAUGGCCAUCAUAUAUACUUCCACCAUAAUGGUCUAAACCCUUAUACACUUUCAAGUUUCAAAAUUUGAAUAGGUGCCUAACAAAAACAAAUAUUACAGAUUUAAGACUCAAACAACUUGAGACACUGUGCUUAGCAAGACAAUAUUUUUAUGCAGGCAUAUUCUGUAAAACUUAACCAUCAUUGUUUUUUUGCUUGUAGGUCUUAGAUUGGCCAUAACUUGGUCCACAGCCAGCUGAAACAAUCACCUGAAAAAAACAGACUGGCCAGUUAGUGAUACAGCCAAGAUAAAAUUCUGCCCCUACUUUGUCAUCUGCAAUCAAAAAGCAAGCAUCACUGAAUGAUGGUGAAUUCAUUCAAAUUUAUGGGGCGACUGUGGCUCAGGAGGCUGAGCGGUCCUCCACUUUUAUCGUUCAAUCCCCAGCCUCUGCAGUCUACAGCCUCUAGUUUUCCGGCGCGGCGCAGGGUGGCAAACCCCGCGCAGAGCUAGUUUCGAGCAGCACAACCCGAGGCGCGCUCAGUUUGGUAGUUUGGCAGACCGAGGUGCGCUGAGU